UUAAUCUGAGAAACAUACUUACAAACAUGGCUAAAACAAGAUAAAGAAAAUCAAAUACGAAAAGGGAAGAUCCAAAACAAAAACCUUCGAAGGAUAAAAGGACUCUUAAUCAGUUGAGGGAAGAACUUCAGAAAUAGGGCAUCAAUGCGCCAAAGACUUUCCAAAGACAAGCUCUUUAGAGCGUACAAUAAAAGACAGUCAAUCUCUGGUACUGGCAUUGUUGACGACAGCACAGAAGCGAUCUUAUAUGAGAUGGAAACGAACCGCAUCUUUGGAAACAGAAUAUAUGGGAAGAGAUGUAACUCCGAAUGAUAUUAAAAGCAUUGGAGAUCGACGGAAUAAAAUGAAACACAUUUUAAGCCUACUUCUGGCGGUGUCGCCUUUCGUUACAAUAGGACAAAAGACUAACGAGUCCCUGGUGGAUGCCGAUGUAACAGCAUUCGUAACUACAUCUCGGGAUCGAAUUGGUGCCUCGACUGAGAUUGACAAUCAAACACAGGACAUGGAGUUCAAGUUGAAACAGCACGAAACAGAAAUAGAGCCAUGCAGGUCGAAAUGUAAUCCAAUCCAUGGAGAAAACACAACAUUAAAUGGCUCAAUAGUUUCAAAUGAAAGCAUCCCAAUAGGCUUUACACUUUCGUAUCAAAUUAUGUUUACGAGUAAAGUAUUUGAAACCAGGUGUUACUUGGUUGCAGUGACGUUUAUUGGUAUAAACUGUAAUAUCAUGAACAUGGUUGUUUGGACGCGGAGGGAUAUGUUCUUUGCCGGUUUCACCCCAUAUCUGAUAUCACUUACCGUGUCGGACUUUAUGGUUAUGUUGACUCGUUUUCCAUGUAACAUUUACGAUAUUGUUUGUUACUAUUGGCCUGAGUACCACUCGAUGCCACAAUCAUGGUGGCUGUACUACCAGCACUCGCUUGCUUUUUACUAUAUUUUUUACACGUGUUCUAGUUGGACUUUGAUGAUUGUCGCUGUAAUACGAUGCAUCGUAGUGCUGAUGCCUCUGCGGAGUAAAUCCUUGAUCACAACUGUGCGGAAUCGAAUAACGAUAUGCCUUGUCUAUGUUAUUGCAUUCGCCGUCUUUUUACCAGAUUUCUUAUGGAACAAUAACUCGACAGUGACCUACCUGAGACAGGGCAAGCCAUGGCUGAUCAUCCCCUUGACAAAAACCGAGAAAAUAAUAUAUGGUGUUCGGGUAUGUCUACUGACGGUGGUGCCAUGGUGUAUUAGUGUUUGCUGUGUCACCCGACUCAGUAUCAGUCUUUGGUACAAUUGGAAACUUUUCAAAACGCUCAGUUGCCUUGACAAGAUUACAGAGUCAAAUCGAAUUCGGAACCAAAACGUUGUAACAGUUACGCUUUUAGCGAAUACACUUGCGUUCAUUAUCUUAAUUAUUCCCGGGUUAGUUUCGGAUUUCAUGGACCUCUUUUCCUUGGAUAUGAGUGCGACUUUCAGAUAUAUUCAUUUUCUUCUUCAUUCAAUCAAUGAGCCUCUGAUUUACACCAAUAGCGCCGUUAACUUUAUUUUCUAUUCUCUUUCCAAUGCCAAGUUCAGAAUGAAGGUAAUCUCGUUAUUUAAAGGGAUGUACCAGAGAUGGAAAUUUGCAUACUUUGGAAGGUAAUUAGCUCACAUCACGUGGUCAACGAAGACAAAAUGGCGCUUCAAUACGCGUCGAAUUCGAACAGAUGAAUAUUACUUUCUUGAGUAAUCAAACAAUAUUUGACUUAUUAUUCAAUUAAAUAAAGAAAGAUGUCGUGAAUAUGACAAUAUCGUGUCAAUUAAAAUGUCACAUCGUAACGAUUUGUAGUAGAUGGUCAAUAAACGAAACGACGCGCGAGUAUGCGGAAAAGUACUCAUGAGGUCAACUUUGAACUACACUGUGUGUAUUGGUUACCUCCCCUUCUCUUACUUUAGAAAGGAUAGGUAUCGAUAUGGUUAGCUGAAUUCAACAAUGUGUUUCUCUUAAACCAAUUAUUGAAAACAUUCUUUAAAAAAACACGGUCUUUUAUGUAAUGUUGACUGAUUGGCUACAAGUU